AGAACGAAGCAAGCGAAGCGAACGAAGCGUGAUACAGAGGAGACAAGCUGUGAACGCUCAGUCUAUACGAUUUUGUGAUUAACAACACUGAGGACCAUGCUGAGGGCUUGUCUGAGAGGAGCUAAUGCUACAGCUUGGAAGAGCUGUGGGAGAACCCCUCUAAACAAUCUGCAGCACUGCCGGCAUUACACAGCAGGAGACACCAGUGGUACUGCUAAGGUGGUUGCUGCUGGUUUGGUGACUGUAGGUGGUGGCAUUGGAGGAACGAUACUUUACGCCAAAUGGGACCACAAGUUCAGGGCAGCCAUAGAGAACAAUGUUCCAUAUUCCGACUGGCUGUUGGGUCUGGCUUUGGGACCAAUAGCACAGGAUGGCAGCCUCCCAGUCAAGAAACAGAUGGAGAUGGCCCAGACACCCUCUAUGAUGGAAAAAGAGGUGAAGACAUCCAAAGCCAAGUCAGAGAAGAAGUUGAAGGAGGCAGUAGUGAGUCCUGCCAAAGGGACGAGUCUCGCACCAACACAGCCGGCACAGAGCAUAGAGGAGGCUUCAGCAGAGGCAACUCAUAUCAUCUCGGCCAUCAGUGAGGUCCCAUCAAUCCCUGCUCCAUGUGACACAGAGGUACCAGCAGUAAAAGAGGAGUGCAAGGAUUGCUAUGACCAUCAGGAUACCCCAGAGAGAGCGGUUUACACUGACACAGAGUCACCUGCAGCAUCAGAACCAAUGAGAGAGCGUCCAGUGGAAGAAGUGGCCGCUAUACUGGCUCAACAGGACAAGGAGGAGCAGGAAAUUGUUGCAUCUGUAUCAGCUAGUCUUGAAGACUCAAUGGCUAGCUCAGCUAAAGCAACCCUGCAGGCCAUUGGAGCUCAGGAGGUCGCCCUACAGACCAUCACACAGCACACACACAAACUGAAGGAGGCUAUGGAAGCAGAGGUUCCACCUAAGGAGAAGUCAGCCCAGUGGAAGGAUCUAGAAGCUGCUCUUGCUGAUAGAACUUGUGCUGUGAAUGAUGCUGGAACUGCUCUGUUGAAAGCCAAUGAAGCUUUGGACAGUCUCAAGUCUGUGAUUGACAAGUCUAAAGGGCUGAAGGUCACUGCUGUUCGCCCGCUGGUUUUAGCAGCUGAGGAGAAUCUCCAUAAAAUGAUGGUUGACUUGGAUAAGGUGGUCACAAAGGUGCAGUCUUCAGAGUCAGAAGCAAAGAUUGUCUCCCAGUACAGUGAACUGGUUAAUGAAGCCAAACAUCAAUUUCAGAGGGAAGUGAGCAGCCUUACUCCAGAGAUCCAGGCCAACUGGAAGGGACUCACUGGGAAACUGUCAGCAGACGACUUGAAUUCCCUGAUCGCCCAUGCACACCGUCGGAUUGAUCAGCUGAAUCGGGAACUGGCAGAACAGAGAGUCAAAGAGCAGAUCCACAUUGAUACGGCACUAGAGCAGCAGAAGUUGGAGGACCAGAAAGCCCUGGAGAAAGCCGUCAACACCACCCUGCAGCAUGUCAAGGAGGAGGCCCGGCUGGAGCAGGAGCAGAAGCUGUCUGAGUUAAGGGAAGUGAUGGAGGCAGAGAUGAGGACCCAGCUCCGGAGACAGGCAGCUGCUCAUACAGACCAUGUCCAAGAUGUCCUCAAAGUCCAGGAGCAGGAAAUGAGAGCUGAAGCUGACCAGGUCCUCAGCAGUAAGAUGCUAGAACAGGAUACCCGUUACCGUCAUUUGAGCCAGGAACAGCUUGAUAACUUCACUCUGGAUAUGAACACUGCCUAUGCCAGAUUGAAGGGGAUGGAUGAGGCUAUAGACAGCCAUGUGGUAGCAGAGGAAGAGGCCCGUAAAGCUCACCAGCUCUGGCUCUCUGUGGAGGCACUCUGCUACACUCUAAAGACUGCUGAUGCUGAAUUGCCAACUGCUCCUCUUGACGGCGCUGCUCAGGUCGUGCGAAACAGCUGCCAUGACAAUGAGUUUGCCUUGGCAUUAGCAUCAGCUCUUCCAGAAGAAUCCCUUAAUCGAGGUGUUUACAGUGAGUCUGCUCUCCGCGCCCGUUUCAACUCCUUGCGAUCACUGGCCCGCCAGGUCGCACUCAUCGAUGAAUCUCAUAACUCCUUGUACCACUAUUUCUUGUCCUACCUUCAAGCUGCACUCCUGUUUGAGGCUAAACAGGAAGCCCCGCCUGCCCAGCUGAGUAGUGACAAUUUAGAUUCUUUCAAGCUUUUGUCAUAUGCAAGUUACUGCUUAGAGCAUGGAGAUCUUGAGUUGGCAGCUAAACUGGUGAACCAGUUGAGAGGUGAGGCUAGGAGAGUGGUGGAGGACUGGCUGACUGAAGCCAGACUCACACUGGAAACCAGGCAGGUAAUCAGUUUGCUCUCUGCGUAUGCAAAUGCCGUAGGGUUAGGAACCACCCAGGCUCCUUAGGCUGCCACUCUUACUGAAGCUUUCAAUCUUUAAAGGUGCAUUUCACUGAAACUCUGUCUUUAGAAGAUCAAGUAAUUGCCCACUGUAGAAUUGAGAGAUUUUCAGUGGUGUAUUCCUUUAAUCGACGGAUGUUAAAAUACAGCAUGGGUUUAUUGGUUUAAAACACUAAGUCACUAUGGAUGAUUUAUUGUGUUAUAUAAUUGCUACACCCUCUUAGUCAAAUAGUCUUGCCAGUUCAGGCCCACAGGUAUAUAUUUCUGGAUAAUUGUUUGGUGUCUCAUGAAACGUAAUUUUGAUUAAAGAAUGUGUCAAGCUGCAUUUCAUUUUUCUCACCCCUGCAAAUGUUACAAUAAAUCUUGAUGAAGAGUUGUUUCAUUUCUUCAUUACUCCCAAUCAGUUUAUCUAUCAUUGUCUGCAGUCAGUAAAUCCUAGUGAAUACAUUAACAUGCAAACAAUAAUGUCACACCUGUAAAUACCGACACCACAGAAUAUGUUAUGAACAUUUUAAGGAUUUGGUUUGGAGUUUAAUUUAGAUGAAGUUAUUAACUGCUUCUUAUUGUGAAGAGUAACUUAACCCUCUGUGAAAAUAUUGUCUUUCCUGACAUGUUGCUUGGCUGCAGAUGACAUAGAGACAUCUCUUUGAUUAGAUUAGAGGCUGUGUUUAGCAGUGAAAAGAGUAUUGGAAUACUAUAUGAAGUUAUCUUUUGGUGCAAAACAACUUAACACCUGUGACGGUGAAAUUUGUAUUUGUAAAGAAUUUGUAAUUGUAGAAAAUGGACAUGUAUCAGUAAAUUAAAAGUCAUGGAGAAAACUGCUUCAACAGAUUCAAACCAGAGGUCACAGAUGAGUACUGUCACUGCAGUCUUGUUGUAAUUUGUGAUGAUUAUUUUCAUGUGGAAAGUUGACCUUGUAAUGGAAAUUAAGGUGUCCUGUUAGCUUUCUGUUUACUUAAGAGUGAGAAAUUACAGGGCACUUCCAUAAAGUUGAAUAACGCCUUGUAAGUGCAUAACAAUAAUUAAAUCAUUGUCACAGCGGCAGACCUUAA